AUGUCUCCUUCCAAAGCCAGACUCCGCGCCAGCAUCUUGAAAUCCAUCGAGGACGAUCACCGACGCGAACUGAAGGCAAGCGCAGGGCCCGUUGACAAGGACUUUGUGGCAUACCGUCGCCGCCGCUGCCGAGGCAUGGGACACUUUCUUCUCAAGGAUAUCCAGUGUUUCACCGGCACGCCUGAUGACGGUCGAUGGUUCAUUGAGUGUCGGCUCGCGCACCCAGACGACGCUCAAGCCACUGAUGGAAUCUUCAUGUACGUCUCUCGUCGGAUGGAUCCGGCCGUCCUACAAGAUCUCCGAGACCGUAUGCUCGCGCGUAAACUGCAAGCGCAACACCUUUUGCCCAGCAGUCUCGAGCUUCACUCCCAGGGCACUAGACAAGUUCCGAAUGCAUACGCACCUGUGCGUACACUAGGACCCGUGCGCUCGUCACCGCAAUCUCCCUACAGCGGCCGCUCUUCGUGGUCUGGAAGCGUCUCCUCCCGUCAUUCGAAACGUGCUCCCGGGGGUUCUGUAUCAGCAGCGCUCCCUGGAGUGAGGUCUGGAGCUGAUUACAUAGAGAUCACGGACUCAGAGUCGGAACCAGAGUCGUCCGUCAAACGCCAUCAGCGUUCAAUCCCGCGCAGCCCAAGCGUCGAGCUCCUGCCCAUGCCGCCAUCAUCACAGACACUCACAGUGUGGCUUUUCUCGAAGGCGUUCGACCCUCCCGUGACUGUCCACCUGCAAGCUCUCCGCGGCGGCGACUCUAUAGCAUUCAGGGACUACGAUAGUCAGUGGGAGUCUCUGGGACUCAAGAUUUCCGAACGCGUCAAGGUCCUCGCAGGCUCUAGCAAGGGCGAAUAUCUCUGGCAAUCUGGGCGUCUCUGCGACGUUUCUGUGCCGGCCAGCACUCCAGCCAUCGUCCUUGCAAGCAUCGACGUAGAUCAGUAUCACCGUCGCAUCGAGACGCUGGUCAAAAAUGCCUGCCUCGGAAGUUUCACGCGUGGUCAAUAA